GUCAUAUUUUCGUCACUUUGAUUGGCCAAAAACAUUGCUGAUUUUGAAUGAAAUGCGGAAAUGCUUAUUUGUUAUAUUUUGGGGUGGAUUAUAAAUUUAUGUGUCGUUUCGUCAUUAUCUUGUUAUCAAUGCAACUCAUCGCAUCAUUCUAAUUGUUUAGAACACUUAACUGAUCUAGGCAAACAUUCACUUCAACCAACCCCUUGUACAACUUAUGGAGCACGAUUUUGUAUUAAAACUACUGGAAUCUACGGAGCUGUCAUGGGUAUAACACGUUUUUGUAGCGCAUGGGAUAUGGGUAAUGAAUGUCAAUUUUUAGAUUUCCCCGAUCAUGAUCGAAUAUAUCGUGCAUGUGUUAUGACAUGUUCAAAAGAUGCAUGUAAUCUAAGUAGAAGAAUGAUGAUAUCAUUAUAUUCUAUGAUGAUAAUCUUGUACAUAGUCAUAUAUUUCUAUUUUAAUACAAUUUGUUAAAGAUCUUAGUUUAUGAAUGAAUGCCACUUUUAUAUUCUUUAGUUUAUAAGAUAUCUGCAAUGAUGAUCAAUGUAAAAAUAAUAUAAUUUAUUA